CUGACUGGGAGGCGCAGACUCCUCCCCACAGCACACACAGACACAGCUUCAGGGUUCUGCUGCUUUACUGGGACAGGGGCCACCAUGGGUCCCCUGGGCACAGAGGGGCUGGGGCAGCAACCCCAGGCCCUCAGUACUGGCAGAUGAAGGGGUGCAGCUCAAAGCAGAACCUGCUCCUCCAGAGCCCAUCUGGGGACAGGGACAGUAUCAGGAACACCAGGUGGCCCCCAGCCACCCUCCCUGUGGCUUCAGUACCCUAUGCCCCUCCCAGUGCCCCCCCUACCUCCCUCCAGUGCCCUGUACCUCCUCCCAGUGCUCCCCAGUGUCUGGUACCCUCUCCCAGUGCCCCACCGUGCUCCCAAUGCCCUGUACUCCCUCCCAGUGACUUGUAGCCCCCCUCAGUGCUCCCAGUAGCCCUGUGCCACUCCCAGUGCCCCAUACCACCUCCCCAUUGUUACCAGUGCCUCUCCCAGUCCCCACCCACUCCCCCAGUGCCCCACCGUGCUCCCAAUGCCCUGUACUCCCUCCCAGUGACUUGUAGCCCCCCUCAGUGCUCCCAGUAGCCCUGUGCCACUCCCAGUGCCCCAUACCGCCUCCCCAUUGCUACCAGCGCCUCUUCCAUCAUUUCUCCUUUCCCCAUGCCCCUCACCGUGGGUGCUGAGGGUGGUGCAGGUAGGGAUGAGGUGGCUGGGCUGGGCGGUUGCCCAGUUCGCGUAGUUCCAGGGGCUGGCAUCCUCCCACCAGGAUCCCCACUGCCCCCCCUGUGGGUAAUGCCUCAGCUCCGUCCCCACACCCACCCCAGCAUCCUCAUAAACCAGCUCCAGUCCCCAGCUCUCACAGCCACCCCAUAGCCAGCCCCCCAGCCCGUUCCCAGUCCUCAGUCCCCCCUCACCCUGUAGCUGGUGACAGCACCGAUCCAAACUUUGCGGUGGGUGUAGGUUCUGGCCAGAGCCACCAGCUCCUUGUUGCGGGAAAUGCUGUGCACCGAGGCCAGCAGCCCCCCAAAAACCCUCUGGCAGUGCUCCUGGGAGGGGGAGGCACCUAUCAGCACCCUGACACCCCAAGAACCCACCAGCAUCCCCCUGAAAACCCAUCAGGAACCUCUGGCACCCCUAGGACCCUCAACACACCCAGGAGCCUCCCCGGCAUCCUCAGAACCCUCCAGCAGUGAUCCUGAGAGGAUAGGGCAUGGAUUAGCACCCCAACAGCCCCUGGAGAACUCACCAAGACCCCCAGCAGUGCUCCUGUCACUGGUGUUCUCAGCCCUGCAAUGCAUCCCUGCCUGGCCCUGGCCCUGCUGGGCACAGCCUUGUCCAGCCCCUCUGGUGAGUGUCACCACCCCUGGAGAAACCCUGGAGACACCCAGGUCUUCCACACUCCCUUGCCUGGGGUGUCCCCAGCCCCUGCCAGCCCCGAGGUGUCGAAGGAGUCGCUGGAACUGCUGCAGGGUGACACGAGGAAGGCGGUGGCCCCUGCCCUCCAGGGUGUCCCCAACCUCCGCUAUAUCAUUGUCACCCGGGCCUUGACCUUCCGCCACGCAGAGCGUGUCUGUGCCCGGCAGUACGGGGGUCACCUGGCUGCCAUCCACAGCUCGGCCACCAACGCCGUGCUCUGGGCGCAGGCCCGGCUCAGCAACUGCGGCGGCAAGUUCUGGAUCGGGGCUGUCACCAAGCCCUGGCACAGGUCCAUGCAGUGUCACUGGGUGGACCGGACACGCUGGGAUUUCUCCAACUGGCAGCCAGGACACCCCCUGUGCAGAGCUCGAUUCUGCACCUCCCUCUGCACCGCGGACGGGCACUGGAGGAGCCAGAGCUGCAAGCAGAGGCUUCCCUUCAUCUGCGAGUGCUGAGGGAGUCAGCCCCCCACGUGG